UACCAUGAAGUGUGCCCCAGUAGCUCAAGUGUUUCUCUGUAGCCAGAGAGCUAGCAGGAAGUGCAGCUCUGGUGCUUCUCCACUCGUCUCAUCAAUGCAGCUUUCAUUCUCCCUCGGUGGGGCAAGAUGGAAGCUGUACAGAAGGACCACUGGUACUUCGUGGUACUCAUCUUUCUUCCUUUUCUUAAAGUUGCUGUCCAGCAGAUGGAGGCUGCUACAGUCCGUCUGGAGGAAGGGAUGGUUCUCAACUGUUUGUGUCCCUGGGACGGCAACCUCAGCAUGGUGUCUUGGACCAAAGUACCAGACAAGGAUCCGGUAGCUAUUUUCCAUCCAGAGUUUGGAGUGGUCUUUUCUCACCAUUACCGGGAAAGGAUAGAGUUCCUGAGGACCACGCCUAUGGACGGAAGUAUUUCCAUGAGGAAUGUCACUCACCAGGAUAUCGGGGUUUACCACUGCUCUGUUCAGACCUUCCCUCAAGGCCCCUGGACAAGGAACAUUCAGGUGGAAGAUUUAGAUGAGCCCCCAGAGGAAGACGACAGCGCAGAGUCCCCCACCCCAGAGGUGAUCGAGACGGACAAAGAAUUGUUGGCAGAGCCAGACAACAACCUGACCAUCAGCUGUAACCACGAGCACAAUGGUACCAUUUACCAGGUCAUUUUUGAGAAGAUGCCACAUGGCCAGCCCUGGGGCAUUAUCGGAGUGUGUAAGAAGGUGGAAGGGGGCCUGGUGGGCGAGGACUACAGCGACAGGGGCAGGGUCAGCUGUGCAGACAGCCUGGAUGUCAGUCUGCACCUGACAGGUGUGGUGCAGGAAGAUGGUGGUUUUUACCGCUGUACCUUCAGCACAGAUGCAGGGGUGCGGACCACCACUGUGCUGCUCACUGUGCCCCCUCCAGGUGGAUUCAGCCUAUCUGUGUACAUGAUGUAUAUUUACAUCGGGGCUGGAGCUGCUGGGCUUAUUCUACUUAUUGCCAUCAUCAUACUAGCAGUGAAGCACAGGAAGAAGAACAGGAGAGAGGAGUACAGAGUCAAACUGCACCCAUCUCAAAGACAGUGGUGGGGAAAGUGUCCAGUUUUGGUGGAGCAAUUCUCUGUCAUUGAAGGGGUCUCAGGCUGCAACUGGAUUCACAGCCACUAGAGGGCGACGGUGCCUCUUCCUGGUGCUGGCUCUCCUCCUGUUCAUCAGACAGAAAGCUGGGGAACGUCUGUGCUCGAGGGAUAAAAGUCAUUGUCAGCCCACUUCCUGUGGGGGAAAAAAAGUGGAGAAAGAGUCAAUGGAGCACUUCUUUUUAGCAAGGGAUGACGUUUACCUUGUUUCAUUUACCUGGACCUUACAUCCUGUUUUCUUAGACAAUAUAUUUAUGGUACCACUGUUGCUUAGCUACUGUCUAUGCUGAUAUCUUUAUAUACGAAUGAAAAUUACAAGAAUAACUCUGGCAUUCUUCAUUUACGUAAAAUUAUAUUUUAAAUAGUUUAGGUGGUUCUCAGAUAACACAAAAAUAUAAACCCUACGUUGUACAUUAGUAUGAUGGACAGAUGU